GCCGAGGCCUGUACCCCUCCUCGCAGCUGCACCUUUGUAUUCCUCCCAUAGACUAAGUCCUCUGCCUCCUUUUCACUUCUUUGCGCUUCCUAUGGCUUCUCUCUCCCAUUAUAUGACAUCAUGAUGCGGCAACAGUACAACGCUGGGCCCUCGAGCGGCGGAGCAGGCGUCACCGGCGCAUACCAACCCUCCCCCCCUCGUCCGAGGUCACCUAUGCGCCGCAAUGGACCUGCCCCCGCUUCUCCCAAUCCAGGAGCUUCAUCAGCCCAGGUGAGAGCUCCUGUCAGUCUUGAUGCCUGGCAUCAGGGUCUACUGGGUACCAAGCAGCUGGAUACUGUUGCCAAACUGGCCGAGUGGGUCAAGAAGGUCGAGAGGGGACAGGAUGAGGAGCCGUACCAAGGAGCCUUGGGCGAUCACUCGGAGUUGAGCAGUGGCAAACAUGUCCUGGAUGCUUCAGACGAGGCUUCUACUCCAGUAGCUUCUUCGAGCAAGGCCACUCUGCCGUCGGUGCCUAUCACAUCAUCUUCGGCCCUGCUACCCUGGCUCGAGUCGAUCAAGGCAUCUCAAGCCUCGAGCAUAGCCAACGACCCAUCCCAUUCCUCCGUCGCAAGCCACUCUGCCGCUCUUGCACAGAUGCACUCGGCAGUAGCGCAGACGACUGAGCUGCUCACCCAGCUAGAACAAGCCAGAAUCAAUGUAGCUGAGCUCCUUGCCGGAGUCAAGUCCGUAGAGGAGACGUCCGAGGAGCUGCGAGAGGAGUCGGAGAGGAGGGGCGGACGAGCCGAAUCUCUGCUAGCCUUGGCUCAAGAGCUAGACGUUUACCUGAGCUACUACAAUCUGCUACCACAGGCCACGAGCUUCCUUUCCAGCCCGUCCCUCUCCCUUGUCCUCACCCCCACCUUUCCACACAUACUAGCUCAGCUAGACAUUGGCCUCAGCUUCAUCCGGGCCCAUCCACACUUCAAGGAUGCAAGUCUGUAUCGGUUGCGCUUCGAGCAUUGUAUCACACGAGGAGGUAAUCUGGCCAAGAUGUGGAUUUGUGGGCGAUGGAGAGAGCUCAAGGACGAGGCAGUAGGGAGGCUCAAGGAGAGGGAGAAGAACCUCAAAGGUACUGGGCGCGAUGGCUCAGGUGCGGAAGACGUGGAAAGCGACGUAGAGGCGGCAUUGAUGUUCAGGACUUCUCCACACCCUCGAUCCUGCAGGUCCUCUACUCCAAAUUUGUCGCAGCGUCGCCCGAGCUAUCUUCGGUCCUCUCCGAGGUCCAGAAGCGGUGUCCUGCUGCGUCGUCUUCCAGCCGAAUGAUGAGGCCGGAUCGAGUGAUGAGCGUAGCAUCAACACCUUCAGCGAAUUCAACACACUCUUGAACGACAUCAGAACUGCCUACUUCGAUGCGAGGAGGGCAGUCGUUUCUCCACUGAUUGCCAGUGUCCUGGCCAAGAUCGAGACAAGGGCGCACAAUGCUCCGGCCAACAUAGCUAUAGCCAACUCACCUCUGUUGGUUUUCACCUCCCGGGCCCUGUUGUUGCUUCGAUCGGUGCUUCUUUCCGAGGCUUUGCUGUACCGAG